AUGGAGCUGCAGGCGCAACCGACCGGCAGGAAGAGGGGCAGGACGAGGGACGGCACGACGGCGAGGGUGGUGCCGAGGAAGGAGGCGGAGAGGGAGAGAAGGCAGCACAUGAAGGCGCUCUGCGCCAAGCUCGCCUCCCUCAUCCCAAAAGAACACUUCUCCAACCCUUCUACAGUGACCCAGCUAGGCAGCCUAGAUGAGGCUGUGUCAUACAUCAAGAAGCUCAAGGAAAGGGUCGACGAGCUGCAACAUAGGAAGAGCUCUGCGAAAGCAAUGGCUGCCGCAAGAGGGGCUAGUGGCGCUUCAACGCCCGCCACCACCCCAACCACGAGUGGCGGUGCAGGGUCACAAGAACAAGAGAAACAUUGGGAGGCUUCAGCACCGGUGGUGGAGGUGCGGCAACACGAUGAUACAAGCAUGGAUGUGGUGCUUGUAUGCGGCACAGAGAGGCCGAUCAUGCUCCACAAGGUGAUCACCAUCCUUGAGGAAGAAGGCGCCGAUGUCAUCAAUGCCAAUCAAUCUGUUGCUACCCACAAAAUAUUCUACACCAUACACUGCCGGGCCUUCAGCUCAAGAAUUGGCAUCAAUGUUUCAAGUGUUUCCGGACGACUGAGAGAUGUUGUCAAUUAA